AUGGGGGACCAGUCCAUUCAACUAGAGGGCCGCUCGGCCCAGGACCGGGCCUGGUAUGACUGCGACGUGAUGGCGCGCGGCGGCUGCCUGUUCCUGCGCUUCUCCGGCUACGGAACGGAUGAGGAGGAGCCGCUGAGCGAGCUGUCGGCCCUGCGGUUCAGCAGCCUGGCAGCGGAAGCAGGCGACUGCUCCCGCCUGCUGCCCGGCACCCGCAUCACCGGCUUCAAGCGCUCCCCGCACGACGACCUGUGGGUGGAUGCAGAGGUUUUGGGCAGCAAGGCGGGGCGCCACGACGGCGGCAAGUGCCACUGCAGCUUCACCGUGCGGUGGCUGGACACUGCCGAUGCGGGCAAGCAGGCGGAGCUGAAGAUUGGCGACAUCUGCCUGCUGGACAGCCGCGGCCUGGACCAGCACCCGCAGUACAGGCAGUACAUGGCGGCCAUGGAGGGCGGUACGAGGCGCGCGGUGGCGGGCAAGGGCCCGCGCCAGCCGCCCGCGCGGCGCCCGCCGCCCGCCUCCCCUGCCGAAGCCAUCUCGGAUGCUGACAGCGAGGGGGAGGAGGCGGCGGCGGCGGCGCAGGGGGCCGCGAGGCCCGCGCGCGGCGCGCAGCAGCAGGAGCAGGAGCAGGCGCAGCGGCAGGCGCCGCGCAAGCUGGUGCUGCGGCCUCCGCCGUGUGCCAGCGGGCCUCCCUGCGCGCUCUGCAAGCUGCCCACGCUGCUGGCGGAGGAUUCCGCUGAUGUGGAGGAUGAAGUGAGGCGGGAGCUGGGUGGGCUGUACGGCGGGCGGUACGUGGUGCACCGCAGGUGCGCUGCCUUCAGCGCCGACUCCGGCCUCGGCUGGGCGGGCAAGCACCUGGUGGACAAGAGCGCUGUGCCCACCGCCGUCGCUUUGAGCUUCCAAGGAAGCGUCGGCGCAGCGCUGCUGAAGAAGUGUGCACACUGUGGCGAGGUUGGCGCCACUGCCUGCUGCUCCGUGUCGUCCUGCCGCAAGACUUUCCACCUGCACUGCGUCCAGGGGUGCAAGGUCGACCCAGACAGUUGGGAGCUGCGGUGCCCUGCCCAUUCGGUGCUGGGCCACCUCACGUCGAUUGGCGGCCCCGCUUUCUACAACAACCGCGCUCCCAGGGCCAGGCAAGUGCAGGCGGAGCUGGAUAACCUGCGCAGCGGCAAGGUGGCUCGCACGCAGCGGCUGCAGGGGCUGAGCAACGGGCUCAAGCGGCGGGGCAGGCCAGGCGACGGCGACGAGCCGCGGCGCAGCAGCCGGCACGGGAACAAGCGCGUCAGGUACAGCGAGGCCCAAAUAAUGGACGGCUUCUCAGAGGGCUGGCAGAAGGGGCUGCGCCGCGCCCAGGGCCUGGAGCCUGGCAGCGACGAGGAGGACUUUGAGGAUGAGGAUGGGGAGGGGAGCGGUAUUCUGGAGUACCAGGACGAGUCGGAUGACGAUUCGGGAGCCUUCAUUGAUGACGGGCGGCGUCGCAACCCCGGCCGUCGCGGAAAGCACGCGCGGGAGCCCACGCCGACACGGCGGACGGGGCGGGAGCGGACCAAGGUCAAGAGCUAUGCAGAGGAGCAGGAGGAGUAUGAGCUCAAGGUGAUGGAGGCGUACCGCGAGGCGGAGCGCCAGCAGAAGAGCGGGUACGAGGAGACGCGGUGCCAGGUCUGCGACUCCAAGCACCGCGGCAAGGAGAUGCUGCUGUGCGACCAGUGCGACCGCGGCUUCCACAUGUUCUGCCUGGAGCCGCCGCUGGCAGCCGCCCCGCUGGCCUUCUGGUACUGCCCAGACUGCCUGCCCAGCCAGACGUGCGAGGCGUGUGGGCAGUCCGCGCCGGGCGGCAAGCGCGGCGGCAAGAAGGCAUCGGCCGCCAGGGAGCUGUGCUACUGCUCCACAUGCGGCGCGCUGUGCCACGCGCGCUGCAUGAAGGAGACAGAGGACGGGGAGCCCCAGUGCGCGCUGUGCUGCCAGGGCCUGCAGCACGUGGAGGCGAUCCUGGGGUGCCGCACGCCGGCGGGACGGGACGGCGCCCGCGAGUACUUCGUCAAGUUCAAGGACAAGAGUUACAGCACGCUGCACCUGCUGUGGUAA